UUUUUUUAGAUUACUGUACCUAUUGUAAAUAAGGGUUCACUAUUUACUUAUUAAUACAUAGCUGGAUAUUAAUAAAAAACUACACUAAUAAUUAAUAUCUUCACAUUACAUUAUUUAGAUAGAAUUCUUCCUCUGUACUGUUAAUUUAAAGGGAAUAGAGGAAUGAUGGAAUUCACCACCUUACACGGAUUCAGAUCAUGAAUCCGCUGGAUGCAAUUUGUGACAGAAAGAGGAACGACGCAGUAUGCGUGAGUAAUCUGAAGUCAGCAAAACCAGUGGAUAAAGCAGUUUUGCAGGAAAGACCAGACGUUAAAAUAUUCCUUCCGUUCCGAUUCCAUUUCUAUAAACCAAAGGAUCUGUUCAAGGAGAAUACAUACAGGAAUUUCUUAGUGGCUCCUGGUGGUGAUCACGUAAUCAGUUUAGUGGAUGAAAUUUCAUACAUGGCGCCGCCCGCGCCGCCGCUCUCCCAAAUGCACGAGUUGUCACCGGAACUUUUCUGCAACGGUGACAACCGUCCAGCCAACUGUGCUGUCGACUGCCGCUGCACUCAUAUGAUCGAUGUACCACUGAACUCUAUUGUGGAGAUUGUACUUGUUGAUGAAGUACAAUCGCCGAAUCUAUCCCAUCCGUUCCAUCUUCACGGAGCAUCGUAUAACGUCAUUGGUAUGGGACGUUCCCCAGACAAGAACAUCAAGAAAAUCAACUUAAAACAUGCAUUGGAUCUUGACAGGAAAGGAUUGCUGCAUAGGCAAUACAAUUUACCCCCUUACAAGGAUACAUUGGCAGUGCCUAACAACGGAUACGUUGUUCUAAGGCUGAAAGCUGAUAAUCCAGGUUAUUGGCUAAUGCAUUGCCACUUCAUCUACCACAUAGUGAUUGGCAUGAAUCUUAUACUUCAUAUAGGAACUCAACGAGAUCUACCACCAGUCCCGCCAAAUUUCCCGCGAUGUGGGAACCAUUUGCCAGCGAUAACACCGAUCUUCCCCUCGAUACAUCAUUGACGAACGUCGAGAGGUUGAUGAGCUCACUUGAUCUCUCGACUUAAAGCCGAAUCAUUCCCACUAGUUCCUUUAGUUAGCAAGAACUGUUCACCGGCUAGUAAAGAAUGUGUAUAUUUAAUCCAUUGCUCAUUUUUUCCUCGAGAAAUGCAAGAACGAUACAAAAUUUUUCCGUUUAUUAUAUCGCUUAUAUCAAUUUAUAAAUGUAAAAUGCAAUAUUAUUUAAAAUUGUAAGAAUACCACAUUAUUAGACGAUUUUUCAUACAAUAAUAUAUAUGUUACGUGAGAUAGUUCCAUGAUUUAUACGGAUGGAACUAGUUGAAUGAUGUUAGAUCAAAUACGAAUAGAAUUUUAAACUCGUACUGCCAUAUUUUGUUCUACCGUUUGAAAUAUGAAAUGACGUACGAACGAAAACGAAUGUAUAUCGUGUAUAUAAAAGGUGCUGUUUUUUUUAUCAAAUAGCCAUCUUAGUUUUAAGAAGCCAAAGUUUUUUUAUAAAACCUAAUAUACGUAUACAUAGUAGUAUUUAUAUGUAUACAUUUUAUUUAAAUGUAAAUUUUAUUAUACUUGUAAAAGAAGUUAUAUAAAACUGUAAAACUAUAAUUCUUAUCUAUUUCUACGAAAUAUCUUCCGUAUGUAUUUUAUAUAUAGUAAUUUCACUAUAUAUAAUAAAAAAGUACAUUUAAAAAAAAUUUAUAAAAAUCAAAACUUGAAACGUCAAUAAAAAGUUAAUACAAAAUUUACAUUACAAGUAUUAUCCAUUCUAUUUUUGUUAUUGCUUGUAUUAAAUAUGAAUAAUAAUAUAAUUUACAGGAACGUUUAACAGCAAACAUGCUUUGUAUUUAUCAUUUUUUUUUUUUAUUUUCAGAAACAUAUAUAAAAUAUCAAAUUGCUUUUUCAAUACAUUAUUAGUUACUUACUUAUUUUUUUAUCUCGAAUUAUGUCUUAAUUAUUAUCGAAGAGAUAGUUAAAGGCAUAGUUUGAAUUUUUAUUACAUUUUAUGCUAAUAUCUUUAUACUCAAGUGUUAAUAUAUUUUUUUACUAUUAUACAAAUAUUUUUAUAUGACUUUUAAAAGUAUUUACAUACGUCGGUUUAUUGACUGAUAAUAUUUAUAGUUAUUACUUUCUAUAUUUAAUCUACAAAGGAGAAAAGUCAAGCCUUAUUGUAAAUAUCGACACAGCGUACAUUUUGUAUAAAAAUAUACGCCUGUGAUACACGUGUGUCAGUUCUUGCAGUGUUGUAAUUUUCGUCUACGAUAUCACUCACUUAGACUUUUCUUACAUCUUCAAUUUCAUUUCUGAUUCCUUUCUUUUUUUUUUUUUCAAUAUACAUAUUUAAGUUUCAUUCUUAAUUUGAUUACUUCUCUUACUUUAUACCUAAUUUCAUUAUAUUUUUUUAUUGUGUCUAAUCAAUAAACUAUAAUACUACCCAGUAUUGUAUUGACAAUAUACUUUGUAUCUGACAAUUCUUCUUUAUUGGUCUUUUCUUCCUUUAUGUCUUGUUAAAAUAUUUGAUCUUUUUUCUCGAGCAUUAAUACUCUUGCAAUGGCAAAUUUCCUUUAGCAACACACGUUUACCAGAUUUGAUAAUUAUAAUGUAAAUAUAUAUAUUAAGCAUUAUGUCUCUGUUUCUUGGGUAAACAUUUAAAACUGAAUUUUAUGAUACUCCAUUUAUUUUUAAUUACAUAGAGUUAAGUCCAAUAUAACAAAUAUCAAUGCGUAGUGUUGAUUAUUUUAUACAUGUGAUUUGAUAAUAAAAUACGCAAUAAAUUACAUAAAUACUAUUGUAAUUGUAAUAGUCAUAGUAGAAUAAAUUUUAUAU